UGAAGGCGCAGUCAUGUCUGACUUAACUUUACCUGAUGUAGCUCAACAACUCUUCAGAGAUAUCCAGAAAACUUACCAAGAAACGUCUAAAAUUUCUGAUGAACUGCUAAUUGCGCUGAAGUUUGUCUUUGGGCCAUGUGCGCUGCAAGCUUUGGACCUGCUAGACCAGCGUUCAGUCACCUGUCUGUCAUCUCCCAGCGGACGCAAGGCUUUCCAGGUGAUGGGAGGCUCGGGACGUUUGUACACCUGCUUCGUGUCCUGCCACUACUGCCCGUGCCCGGCCUUCGCCCACACCGUGCUCCUCAGAAAUGAAGACCUGCUGUGCAAACACAUCUUGGCCGCCUACCUGUGUCAGGCCACGGGCAUGAGUCAGCAGGAGAGCGUGUCUGAUCAGCAGAUGUCAGUGCUGCUCAGCGGGACCGCAGCCCCGUGACACCCAGGUACACUCGAUAAUGGGUACGGCAGGUG